GCAACUGAGAUAUUCUUUCUUGUGAAUAAUUCUCGUAAUCUGUAUUUAUGUCUUUAUACAAUUGAAUUUCUUGGUAACAUUCAAGGUGGUUUACCAAUUCGCUAUGUAAAUAUUCUGGUUGAAACAAUAAAAUACUUGAUUAUUCAAAUAUUACAAUCUGAAAAGCCAGAUAAUGAGGAAAAUCUUGAACUGAAAGAAGGAAAAAAUAAAAUAAGUAUGGCAAAAGAAAGUGAAAAUGAGUGUGACAAAGAGAAGUCUGAAGAAAAAGAGUCCAAAGAAGAAAAUAAUAGAAAUAUUGAAUUGAUAGAGAGAGAAGAUAAAGAGUUAGUUGAUGAAAGUGAUGAGGUUGAGGUUGAAUUGAUAGAGGGAGAAGAUAAAGAGAAGUUAGUUGAAGAUGAAAGUGAUAAAGUAGAAGAAGAAGAAGAAAGUGACGAGGUGGAUGAAAGUAAUGAGAUGGAAGAAGAAAUGAUAAACAAAAAAGGAAAGCUUAAAGAAUCACAAAAUA